CAAAUAUGUUCAUGUAAAAAUUAAGAAAACUCACAGAGAUUUCACACACACAAAAUCCUCCAAAAGUUCACAUGCGAUGUCUCAAUUCUGUCUCAACAAGUGGGAGAACUUUCUGCCCAAAAUCAAUGCCCUGCUCCAGGAUGCACAACAAAGCCACACCACCAGUCAUGACCUCAAACUCUGGCUCUCCGAUUUAACAGACCUUGCUUACGAUACUGAAGACGUCAUUGAUGAAAUUAACACUGAGGUCCAGCACUGGAGAAUACUAGGACACACCCAAUUUGGCACCACCAACAAGAAGCUAUCACUGCUAGAUUUCAACAGAUUCUUGAGCAAAGGAAUAUUUUUGAAUUUGGUGGAUAGAGGUGGCCAAGGGAGAUUGGACACAAAAAAGGAAAGGCUGCGCUCUACUUCUUCUCUUGUGGAUGAAUCUUGGGUUAGUGUCUCUACGGAAUUUGAUGUUAUUAGAGUGACUAGGAUUUUGCUGCAGGGUGUUACUUCCGAGAGUCUCAAUUUCAAGGACUUUGAUUUGCUUCAAGUGAAACUAAAGGAGAUGCUUUCUGGAAAGAAGUUUUUGAUUGUUUUGGAUGAUGUUUGGAAUGAGGACUAUGAGGAAUGGGAUGUUCUGCGCACACCCUUCUUGGCAGGAGCUCCUGGGACCCUUGGUGCUAGUAAUUUUGAUGGACACCCAAAUCUAAAAGGAAUUGGCGAACAAAUAGUGUGCAAGUGCAAAGGCUUACCAUUGGCAAUCAAAACUUUGGGUGGGCUUCUGUGUGGUAGAGUAAAUUCUGAAGAGUGGGAAGAUUUGUUGAGGAGCGAGAUGUGGGACAUACCAGAAGAAAGGAGUGGCAUCCUCCCUGCUCUGAUGUUGAGCUACCAUUAUCUUCCUUCUCAUUUGAAAUGAUGCUUUGCCUAUUAUGCUAUAUUUCCAAAGGACUAUGAAUUUGACAAGAAUGACUUGGUUCUACUGUGGAUGGCUGAGGGGUUAAUAAAACAAGCAAAGGGACAAGACAUAGAUCUUACAUAUUUUCAUGGUUUGGUUUCAAUGUCUUUUUUUCCAACACUCAAAUAGCAACAAAACACUAUUUGUUAUGCAUGACCUUAUAAAUGAUCUAGCUCAUU